UGUAAUUUAAUUUGUCUCAAACUUAAACGGUACAGACUAAGCAAUUUUACAACCAACUCACUGUCUGUUUAUCUUGGAACGAAAUUUUUUGUCAUUGUUUCAAGGGGACACGUUUAUGCAGAGUACCGGUUGUUUAUAGUGUAGACAUGGAUCUAGAGGAGUUUAGAUCCAUGGUUUAGACCCAUGGUUUAGACAUACGCCUCACGAGCCUAGUCAUAAAAUACUGCGUUCAUACUUAAACUUAUUUGAUUACCAGAUACUGUAAUUAUUUAUGGGAACAUUUGACUUGUCGAGGACAUGCUAGUGGUCUACAGCAGCAGCUCAGACGAGGAAGGGGACUCUUCAGUAAAUACGAGAAGCCAGGAAGAUGGUGAAAAUGCAUAUCCAGAUAAAAAGAGACCUAAAAUAGAACAACUGUCAACAAAAACUAAGUUACCUGUCCCUCAUUGUGUCCUGAACAUGUUUCCUGAAGAGUUGGACCCACAGACUGAAGACAGCUCACUCCAUGGUGGACGUAUCCGCUCUUUUAAACAUGAACAGGGAAACUGGGUGACUUAUGUUUAUUUGCCUUACAACCCUGAGGAGGAAUUCACUGACUUACUGGAUGAGUUUGUGUCACUUGCAAAAUGCCAUGGCAUAGAUUUGAGGCCACAGGAGGAGUUUCAUCUCAGUCUCUCACAGACGGUGGUGCUGAGAUAUCACUGGAUUCAACCAUUCACACAGAAUCUUAAGGCAAGCCUGGUGCACUGUAGAAGGUUCAUGUGCUCAGCAGAGAGGCUCAAAGUCUACUGUAAUGCUGAGAAGACAAGAACAUUUAUUGGUGUAGAAGUGUCAACAGGGAAUAAUGAACUAUUGGACCUUAUCAAAGUAGUGGACAAAACAAUGGCAGAUUUUGGAUUGAAUACUUUUUACAAAGAUCCUUCUUUCCAUGUGAGCCUAGCCUGGUGUAUUGGAGACCUAAAAGCACAGAUAAAUGGCUUUCUGAAGGAACUUCAGAGCAUAAUGGACAAACAAGAAGAUGGUCCCUGUACCCUAAAUUUGAACUGUGUGGAACUUCGAUGCCGGACAGGAAAUAAAGUUUUCUGCUUUCCAUUGAGUCCUGAAAAGUAGUGGAUAAAGUACUAUUUUUUUAAUAAAUGAAAUAAAGUUUUUAGUACAACAGACC